CAAAUAGAAAAUCCAGAAACCCAAAUCGAAUGCCCUAAGAUUAUACUAGAAGACCCCUAUCGUAUUUUCUCCGUUUCUCCGUCGUCGCUGCCGUGCCUAGCCUUCCUAGGCGGCCGCCGCCGUGCAUCACCUCGCCCUGCCAUCUCCGUGCCUCGCCGUCGGCCUUGGAUAGCGUUACAUCACCGGAUUUUGAAAGAUGGGAGAAAGGAAAGUUUUGAAUAAGUAUUACCCACCGGAUUUUGAUCCCUCCAAGCUCCCCAGAGCAAGAAGGCCCAAGAACCAGCAAAUCAAGGUUCGCAUGAUGCUUCCCAUGAGCAUCCGAUGUAAUACUUGUGGAAAUUACAUCUACAAAGGCACCAAGUUCAAUUCUAGAAAAGAAGAUGUUAUUGGCGAGACGUAUCUUGGAAUUCAAAUAUUCAGGUUCUAUUUUAAAUGCACCAAGUGCUCAGCUGAAGUUACCAUGAAGACUGAUCCACAAAAUUCAGAUUAUAUUGUUGAAUCCGGUGCAACUAGAAAUUUUGAACCUUGGCGUGCUGAAGAUGAAGAAGCUGAUAAAAUGAAGCAGAAGAGGGAUGCUGAAGAGAUGGGAGAUGCUAUGAAAUCAUUGGAAAAUAGAACCUUGGAUUCUAAAAGGGAGAUGGACAUCCUAGCUGCAUUGGAUGAGAUGAAGUCAAUGAAGUCUAGGCAUGCAACUGUUUCUGUUGAUGAAAUGCUGGAGGCUCUGCAGCGCACAGCAGCUGAUAAGGAGAAGAGGCUGGAAGAAGAAGAUGAAGCAAUGAUAAAAUCAGUUGUCUUCCAUAAUUCAGGAGGUUAUGUCAAAAGAAUUCGUGAUGAAGAUUUUGAAGCUGAGGAGCAAAUAGAUCAGCUUUCACAUGGACAUGGCGAAACAAGUUAUAAUAUGAAGAAGCAAAAGAUGUCUGAAGAUCGUCCAAGCAAACCAACUGAUUCUCUGACAAAAGCUACUUUGGAUGAUUAUGGCAAACAAGAAAACGAACGCAACGGUGGAAAACUUAAUUCUUUGGUGAGAAUUUCUGUCAUCAAGAAAUCAGAUAAAAGUACCGGAGAACCAGAACAAAAGGAAGAAGAUAAUAGAACAAAUGCUGGUGGACUACAAUCUUUGCUUCAAAACUAUGGAAGCGAUGAGGAUUAGUUCUUAAAUAUUGAAUUUGAAUGACUAUUUGAACUAAUGCUCUCAUAGGAUUUUGAUUUGAUAAGUUGUACUUACGUGAAUGCUUUAAUUCUCAGAAGAAUUUUAUAAUAGAAUGAAGUUAUCCGCGAAAAUGUUGUAUGUGUAAAGAAUAUAAAAGUAGGUGAAAUUGUGUUAUGAAAGAUUACGUGUAGAGUUGGUGGAUGUUGAGCUUCUAUUUGAUGCCAAACUAGGCCCUGCCUCUAGAGUUGCUAGUAUCAAGUGCCAGUGGGUAGCAGUGAUACUUGUUAUGCAGAAACAGAGAAGUAGAAUGUGUGCCAUAAUAAUAUUUUUGGUUUCAGUUUCC